AUUGUUUGGUGGCGCUGUAGCGGAAGUCAGCAGACGAUAACAAUAUGGCGGACGGCGAUUCCAAAGAUUCCCCAAACAUCCAUUCGUCUAACGCAGGGAAGCUCCGAAAACUGUUCUACAGCAAAUACAAUGUAGAAGAUUUUGUUGGAAAGCAACUUUAUGAUCAAAGGGAUGCUGACAGUGUGGCUUCAAAUGAUCUAUAUGUGAGACAGUUCAUCAGAACCUAUGAAAGCCUAGAAGAUGCAGCAAACAGACUCCACGAGACAUUAAAAUGGAGAAAAGAAUUAGGAGUAAAUGAUUUGUGUGAGACGUCGUUUGAAAGCUGGAGGUAUGAGCUAGGAGCAGGGUUUUACCACAACCAUGAUAAGGACGGCAGGAGACUGUUUUUUGUCAAAGUAAAACUACAUAAAAAAGAUGCAGCAGAUUUUCCAAUGGUGAAGAAGUUUUUAGCGUAUCAUUUUGAGACUAUUUAUAAGGAAGAGCCAACAAAAGAAAUUGUGGUUGUGUUUGAUAUGUCACAGGCAGGCUUGUCAAACCUGGACAUGGAUUUGAUCAAGUUUGUCAUUACAUGCUUCAAAAUAUAUUACCCAACUCUCCUUGGAUACAUGCUGAUAUAUGAAAUGCCAUGGUUAUUCAAUGCGGCUUGGAAAAUCAUCAAGGCCUGGUUAAGUCCACACGCAAUAGCGAAAAUCAAAUUUGUGACCAAAAGUGAUAUUCAAGAGUACAUCAAUAAAGACCAACUCCUAGAGCACAUGGGAGGCACAGACAAGUUUGUGUAUAAAUAUGUCCCAUCAGAGGAAAGAGAAGAGGAGGAAAACAAAUUAAAGAAAAGGGUGACAUUUGCUGAGUCUGCUAAAACUGCAGAUGGGGAUGGGUCUCCAGAUUCAUUUCAAUCACCGAUGGGCAAAAGUUUUCUCAUUACCGUCCAAAAAACCCCUGAAAUGUUGACCUGCAUGUGUAUACUUAGCCAGCUGGCAGCAGAGACACUUUAUAGUCCUGGCAAAUCAAGCAAGGGUCCGGGCAUGAGGAAGGUCGGCAUUCGUGGUACCACUGGCAAGAUGGAACCAGGUGUUGAUAACUCCUUCAUCGGCAGACUGCUCACCAUUAGCCCUGCUGAAGAGUUGGAAUUUAGCACUGAUGAAAGUGGAAAAGAAACAUUUGAUACCAUAUGCUUGAAGAAUACAUUGCCAUACCCAAUCGCAUAUAAAGUGAAGACAACAUCUCCAGAAAAGUAUAAAGUGCGACCAUCAUUUGGUGUUGCCAAGCCUGGAAGUACUGUUGAGGUGUUUGUGUACUUACAACAAGGUUACCACAACACCAUAUCCAAGGAUAAGUUUCUAGUCAUGGCUAUGGAGGUCACCACAGAGUCACAGGAUAAGCUGGCCGAGUUGUGGAAGACGAUACCAAAGGAAAAUAUAAUGGAGCACAAGUUGAGGUGUGUACAGUCGAGCAAACCCUCGCAGGGACAAGGUGCUGGCGUGGAUUCCAGCCAAGAAGAAAAUGUACAAACGCUUGCACAAAAGGUCGAUAGCCUAAUGGAAAGUACUAGGCAGACUCAGAGGAUGUUAAAGGCCCUGGGGGCACUACAGCUUAUGAUUAUGUUUUUGUUGCUUGUCGGACUCUUCCUCCACUACCAAUUCACACCUGCCGAAAGUGCCAACUACACUUCCUGUCCAGGCUCCAUGUGGUGAUGCUCUCUCUUACUCAAAUCAAACUGGUGCUUUCUACAACUGUAUAACAAGUUCUUUUAAGUUGUAUGAAUAUUUUUUAAAUGAAAUAUUGGUGACAUUAAUGUCAACACAUUAAAACGUUACGAAAUGUAGAACACAGUUUUCUUUUUAAUAUAUGUAGUUUAUUACAUUGAAAUCUUAUACAAUACAAUCAAAUGGUGCAAAUGACUUUCCUUCAAAUCUUUUGAUUGGUGAUUGAUUUAUUUUUUGGUAAAUUUCAAGGUUAAUUCUUUUACAAGUAUUGUGACAUGUGUACUAUUCAUUCAUAUUUCUUUUUUGAUAUCUGUCAACUGUGUAGACCUCAAGAACUAGGAUGUGUUUGAAUUUUUACUUUGAUUAAUAAUAUUUUAUAAUAUAUGUAGACCUCAGAACUAAAAUGUGUUUUAAUUGUUUCUGUGAACAAACCUGCAAUACAAAAUAAGAUACUUGUGUUCAAUUUUGAUAGGAAGAUGUAGCAUUGAUUGUGUAUCUCUUAUGAGGUAAACAGUGGCACCUUUGUUUCCCCCAAAUACACUAGACAGUAAUAACUAUUCUGGUGUUAUGAGAGAGCAAUAUCAAUAAGAUCCAAUUGAAUUAUUAAGUGCCCACAUGUACAUAUUCCUACCAUUAUAAUACAAAUGUGAAACUUAAAUGUUUGAUUGCUGUUGAGAUUAUUGAGAUAUAAUUGUUUAUGUUAUACCGGUACAUAAUAUAAUGUAUUUAUUAUAAUUGCUUUUUGUCCUGUCGUUGUGUAUUGUCCAUCUGUACCUGAAUUGAUUUUAGUAACAUUUUGCAGAAGGCUCCCCCAACCAAAGACAUAUUGAAAUUGUGAAUUAAAUGGGUCUUUCCUCUAAGAGUAUGAGGCACAGCUACCGAGGGCCAAAGGGUCAUACUGGCUAGAUUUUCAACAAUCUUCUUUUAAUCUUCUUAUAGUUAAUGAUAAGACUUUAUUAAAGGUGUUUUAUUUAAAUGUGAAUUUCAUAACCCCUUAUUUGUAAAGGGGAAUAACACUUUAGGAAUGUUUUUUUUAAUUUUCAAUGAGAAAUGAUAUAAACUUUUUUGGAUUGACAAUCAUUGAAUGUUAGUUUUUAUGGUAUGAAAAUUAAGACCUUGACUUCCGCUCCAGGCUGAGCUCAGGCUUGUCAAAAUUUGAAAGAAAAGUUGUUAAAAUCAAAAUAAGAAAAGUCUUUUUCUGACCGAGAUAUACCAGGAUCAAAUACUUUUCAUGGAUGGAGAGUUACAAAGGUACUUUAUCCGAAUUGUGAAUUUCAUUACCCUAGAUCAUUGUUUAUUUUCGACUGAAAAUAAUUCAAAUUUGGUUAGGUUAUAAUCAUUUGAUGGCAGUGUGAUGAUACUAAAAUUAAUACUUGAACAAAAAGGAGAAGAAAUACAAGGUUGAAAUCAAAAACCAAUUAUUUCUGAAAGAUCAUAAGAUGUUGGACAUGUUAUAAUACAAUAAUUAGCAUUUUCUAACUGAUUUAUUGGAGGUUUGAAGUCUUACUGUAUAAUAAGCUUAUUGUUUUCUGACAGCUACUGUCUAUAUACAUAGGUUGGUCCCCUCUUUAUUGUCAUUGUGUCGACUAACCAGUUAAAAAUCCAUGUUCGCUUUAUUUCUGCUCUUUUGCUUAUAACAUGUCUCAGCAACACAUGAAGUUGAGUUAUUACUCGGGCGACCAUUGAGGCCCAAGGUUCUAGGGUUAUAUUAUUAUUACCAUGUUAUCCAAUGUGUCUGCAUUCCUAAGAAGCAUGAAAUUUGUGUAUUUCCUUAUACACUAGGGUAUACUGGUUAUCAAGAAAUACUGAUCCUCUGGUGACAUCAUUUGUAAAAGAGAUAUUUAACACUUGAUUCUAUAGUUAAAAUUAAUAAAAAAAAAAUGAUAUUAAGAUGUUAUGGAACGAAGGUGAAAAGCUAGAAAAUAUUUCACUUUUAAAGGUAUCCUGAUUGUCAAGAAACACGGAUCCUGUGAUUAACUCAUUCACCCCUACAUGUUUAAACUAGACUUGCCCAGUCUUUGAUUUGGUAAGUUUCGAAAGUGAAUUUAGGGGUGAAUGGGUUAAUACAUUUCUGAAUGAUUCUAUAUAAUGAAAAACAAUGAAAAAGGUUAAGUAAAGAUGAAGAUGAAAGCAAAAUUAGGAGAGGUAAUUUAUAAACCAAUAUUUCCUGAAUGUAUGAUUUGUUGAUACACAUGUCCUAAAAAUGUGUGUGAGAGUGUUCGGAGGAUUGAAAAGGUAUGUAUUUAUUAGAAUGUUUCUGCACCAAGUAAAAAGUUGACAAGAAAUUUAAUUUCAAAAUGGUUGUUAAAUUUAUGUCGAGGGUGUGGUAGUUGCAUAUCUUUUCAUCUUGUUAUGCUUUAUAUAUCACCAUGACAACUGGUUUUGUCAUGACGACAGUUUAAAUGUUUUAUGUAGUAAGUCACAUGUAAUUGCUGAUUUUCAUCGAAAUCAGAUGUAGGUCGUGCAGUUAAUUAAUUCUGCCGGCAGAAGUCAGUGUAGAUGUUUACAUAUUGUGAAUGUUAAAGGCUAAAUCUGUGAUAUUGAUAUAAACAAAUAAAUAUAUAUUCCAAAUCAGGUUAUUCUGUAAUAAUGUUAGAUUUUUUAAUGAGUUGUGAGAAUUUACUUUAUGUGACGUGACAUGAAAUGUUAUCAACACGUUGCUUAUGUAUCUUUAUAUUGGUAUAUGUGUACACAUAUAUUUUAACUGCUUGUGUAAAAAAAUAACAUAUAUACAAACUGCUUAUGUUACAUAAUAACAUGUAAAUGUAGGUAUAUAUGCAACAGAGGUUAUUAUUUUUCAUUGCCUCUGCCAGUGGUUGAGCCAUGGGACCUCUGGGUUACUUCCCAAUGAGCUACGAGUGUAUAGAGAAGAUUCCCUAGUCACGUCGGCAGGAAUCAACUAGUAUUUUACCAGCAUGACAUGGACCACAAUUGUCAUGUGUAUAGACACAAUGCCUUAUAUGUAUCAAACUACAAGUGUGUUACUAUGUGGAGUGUAGUCAUAUGUGACAGUGAUAUUAGGUCUUUAGCACAAGGUAUUUAAUAUCAGUCUUUUGUUCUUGUCAUUUUUUAUGAUUGAUUUAUCAGUUAUGUUAUUCUUUACUGAUUAUUUUAUUGUUAAUUGCUUUAAUGUGUAUCGAUUUGGGACCCUUAAACAAUGUGUUCAGUUUGUACAUUGACCAUCGUGUGCUUUUAUCAACUGCUUCAAACGUGUUAAUGAAAGGGAGGAUCACAUUAAAUCAAAGCUGCUAAUGGUUUUAAGUACCGGGGUAGGCACGUUUUAGAGAGUUCAGUACAUACAUAUAUUUUUACAGAUCUAUCAGGGAGUAUGAUUCGGCAAUUCUACUAACAGAAUGAAGAUAUUUCAGUUUGCGUCCUGUCCCAAAAGUUCAAAUUUUAUAAAUCUACUAUUAGGUUCGCAUGCCAAUCUGUGUUUAUUUACACAUGGAAGCUUAAGGUGUACUAAACAUGUAUAUACUUGGUGAUAUGUAGAGAGCAGUCACUAUGCCGCCGUAUCUAGUAUUGUAAUGCUGAAGGGUAUACAGUUUGACAUAUAUGUAUAUACUUGGUGAUAUGAAGACAGAAGUCACCAUGCCGCCGUAUCUAGUGUUAUAAUGCUGAAGGGUAUACAGUUUGACAUAUAUGUAUAUACUUGGUGAUAUGUAGACAGAAGUCACCAUGCCGCCGUAUCUAGUAUUGUAAUGCUGAAGGGUAUACAGUUUGACAUAUAUGUAUAUACUUGGUGAUAUGUAGACAGAAGUCACCAUGCCGCUGUAUCUAGUAUUGUAAUGCUGAAGGGUAUACAGUUUGACAUAUAUGUAUAUACUUAGUGAUAUGUAGAUAGAGGUCACUACGCCGCCGUAUCUAGUAUUGUAAUGCUGAAGAGUAUACAGUUUGACAUAUAUGCAACUGUGAUGGAUCACUUGUGGUUCUGAUAUAUAGUAUUGGGAAGUGCAUUAUUUUCGUUGAAGGAGAGCUCUGUUGUUGGAAUGCUGACUUCAAUUUAUGGAUGCAAGUAUUCUGUAGUUGACAAUUAAUUAACAGGAGGGAGAUUUAAUGUUUAUUUUAGUGUUGAUUGAUAUCUUAACGUUUCGACUUGCAAAAUUUUAUUAAACAUUGUUUCAGUCAUUGAUGAAGCAUUGAUUUUCGUUGUGAUAUUGAAAUACAAUCUUCACCUGAAUACAGAUUUUAAAAUAUAA